UUGCUAUUUUCUCUCUCUCUCUCUCUCUCUCUCUCUCUCUCUCAUAUUUUGGUGGUGUUAGGAACUGGGUCUAGUUUAAGAGGGGGAGGGGUGGAAGAAUGGGGAGGCAGCCAUGCUGUGAUAAGGUGGGGCUGAAGAAAGGGGCAUGGACAGCAGAGGAGGACAAGAAGCUCAUCAACUUUAUCCUCACCAAUGGCCAAUGCUGCUGGAGAGCUGUGCCCAAGCUAGCAGGAUUGCUUAGGUGUGGGAAGAGUUGCAGGCUGAGAUGGACAAACUAUCUCAGGCCUGAUUUGAAGAGAGGAUUGCUGUCAGAGUCUGAGGAGAAGAUGGUCAUUGAACUCCAUUCUCAACUUGGGAACAGAUGGUCAAAAAUUGCUGCUCAUCUCCCUGGUAGAACUGAUAAUGAGAUAAAGAACCAUUGGAACACACACAUCAAGAAGAAGCUAAGGAAAAUGGGAAUUGACCCCCUCACUCACAAGCCCAUCGCUGAAACUGUUGACCAGCAACAGCAGCAGCAGCAGCAAGGAGAUGCUUCAGUUAAUGGAAAUGAUAAAAAUGAGCAGCUCUGCGAGCAGUGUCCUCCAAAGGUGGCACAAGAGGAAGCAGAGGAGAAGAGCAUCACAAGCUCCUCCGAUCCUGUAGAGACCGAUCCAUUUCUUAGCAAAUCCCCUGGAUUUUGCACUGAUGAAGUACCCAUGAUUGAGCCCCAUGAGAUUAUAGUCCCUUGUGCAUCCUCAACCCUCUCCAUCUCCUCUACUUCUAUCUCAUCGUCAUGCUCUUCUUCCAGCUCUGAUGCUAAACCUGAGGAAAUCCAACUUCCAUGCAUGGAGUGGCCGGAAUCAUUGUACCUCUGGGGGCUGGAUGACUUCAUGGGAUUGGAUUUUCUGAAUGAUGAUGGGGAUGAAAAAUUAGGCCUCGAUCCUUUUAACCAAUAUCAAAGAACUGCUUUAGAUCAGGAGUCCUGGAAAUUUGCGCUCUUCUGAUCUCAAGUUAUGGCUACAGAUGCAAUAAAAGAAUGGCUUUGUGAAGACUCAUCCUUUUUCCUUCAUUUCUCUUCUUCUUUCUUCUUCCUUCUUUGUGGUUACUUUUUGUUCCAUAUGAAAAUAAAGGAAUAAAUGGAAUCUGGAUCUUAAUGGAGGAUGUAAUUUUCUUAAUUAAUUGCCAAGUGUA